GGGGUUUUCUCCAGGUGGACCACUUGGCGUGGGCCUGGGGUGCUCCGCUUGAGGGAAGCCAAGGCAGAACUGCUCUUCGUAAAUGUGCUUUAAAACAGCGCUUCUCACCCUUGGCUGGGGAAUUCUGGCAGUUGAAGUCCAGAGCUCUUAAAGCGGCCAAGGCUGAGAAACACUGUUUUUAAAGCUGCUUCCCUUUUCUAUCCCAAUCCUAGGUUUCCUGGGACUGAGCUAAGAAUUCAGCAUCAUGGACAAUGAAGAAAACAUGCUCCAGGAAGGCGAAGAAGAGGAGCUGAAAAUCUACGGGUACAACUUUUGCCGGUGGAAGCUGGUCUUUGUGGCCGGAGGGGUGCUGUGCUCAGGCGGCCUCCUCCUCCUCCUCCUCUACUGGAUGCCAGAGUGGCGAGUGAAAGCCACCUGCCAAAGGGCUUCGCUGAGAUAUUGCCAGGUGGUCCUGCUGAGAACAACCGAUGAAUUCCAGACCUGGUUCUGCGCAAAGGUCCGCACGGUCUUUUCCCUAGGCCCCCACCCCUUACAGGCCCCCAAAGAGCUGGCCUCAGAGAAGGUGGCCAACGGCUCCAGCACUCCUCUAUGCGUCCCUCCCUCGGAAGAGAACGGCAGCAGCGCCUUGGACGGCCUCUCCCAGGCUCCACAGCCCCUCCAGCUGCGCUAUUUCACCCACCACAGCGUGAAGUAUUUCUGGGAUGAUGCGAUCCAGAACUUCACUUCCAUAAAGGGUUUGGAUGACUCCACCACCUGUGCUUCCAUCCACCGGGAACACAGCAUGGGGCUGACAAAGGAGAUGCAGGACUACAGGAAGAUUUUAUACGGACUGAAUGAAAUUGCAGUUAAAGUGCCUUCCAUUUUUAAGCUGUUGAUUAAAGAGGUCCUCAAUCCUUUCUACAUUUUCCAGCUGUUCAGCGUGAUCCUCUGGUGCACAGAUGAAUAUUACUACUAUGCAAUUGCCAUUGUGAUCAUGUCUCUGAUCUCCGUCGCCAGCUCUCUCUACAACAUCCGGAAGCAAUACACGAUGCUGCACGACAUGGUGGCAGCUCACAGCAUCAUCCGGGUCUCCAUCAGCAGAGCCAAUCACGGUGUGGAAGAGGUUCUGUCCACGGACCUGGUGCCUGGAGACGUCAUUGUGGUCCCGCUUAGGGGAAUGAUCAUGCCCUGCGACGCGGUGCUUCUCAGCGGCACCUGCAUCGUCAACGAAAGCAUGUUGACGGGGGAGAGCGUCCCUGUCACCAAGACCAACCUGCCCAACCCGUCCAAGGACUGCCAGGCCCUGGAAGAUGAAGUGUACGACCCGGACGAGCACCGGAGGCACACCCUCUUCUGUGGCACGACGGUCAUUCAGACCCGCUUCUACACUGGGGAGCUCGUCAAGGCCGUGGUCGUCCGAACAGGCUUCAGCACUUCGAAAGGGCAGCUGGUGCGCUCCAUCCUGUACCCAAAGCCCACCGACUUCCAGCUCUACCGCGAGGCCUACCUCUUCCUGCUCUGCCUGGUGGGUGUGGCGGGCAUCGGGUUCCUGUACACCAUCGUCAUCAGCAUCCUCCACCAGGUUCCCGCCCGCAUCAUCAUCAUCGAGUCCCUAGACAUCAUCACCAUCACGGUCCCUCCGGCUCUUCCAGCCGCCAUGACAGCCGGCAUCGUCUACGCACAGCGGCGGCUGAAGAAGGUCGGCAUCUUCUGCAUCAGCCCUCAGAGGAUCAACAUCUGCGGGCAGCUGAAUCUCGUGUGCUUUGACAAGACCGGGACCCUGACGGAGGAUGGCUUGGACCUCUGGGGCAUCCAAAGGGUUGAAAAUGCCCGCUUCCAGCUGCCCGAGGAGAGCGCCUGCAAGGAAAGCCUGAUGCGGUCGCCCUUCGUGGCCUGCAUGGCCACUUGCCAUUCCCUCACCAAGAUCGAAGGGGUGCUCUCUGGAGAUCCGCUUGAUCUGAAGAUGUUUGAAGCCACCGGAUGGGUGCUUGAAGAGGCCACAGAGGAGGAAACGGCCCUUCACAACCGGAUUAUGCCCACGGUUGUCCGGCCAGCUAAGCAGCUUCUUCCAGACUUCAACGCUGGAAACAACAAGGAAAUGGAGCUGUUUCAACUCUCGGCCAGUUACGAAAUCGGGAUUGUGCGGCAGUUCCCCUUCUCCUCUGCGCUUCAGCGGAUGUGCGUGGUGGCCCGGAUCCUGGGGGAGAAGAAGAUGGAUGCCUUUAUGAAAGGGGCCCCGGAAGUGGUCGCAGGGUUGUGCAAGCCAGCCACCGUGCCGGCUGAUUUUGAGCGGGUGUUGGAGGACUACACCCGGCAGGGCUUCCGGGUGAUCGCUCUGGCUCACAGGAAGCUGGAGUCUAAGCUCAACUGGCACAAGGUGCAAAACGUGGCCCGAGACACCAUCGAGACCAACCUGGAUUUCAUGGGGCUCAUCGUCAUGCAGAAUAAGCUGAAGCCGGAAACUCCCGCCGUCCUCCACGACUUGCACAAAGCCAACGUCCGCACCGUCAUGGUCACAGGCGAUAACAUGCUGACCGCCAUCUCUGUGGCUCGGGACUGUGGCAUGAUUCUACCUCAGGACAAGGUCAUUGUGGCUGAAGCGCUACCUCCCAAGGAUGGGCACCCCGCCAGGAUCAAGUGGCACCACGCAGAUGCCCUCGAGAGGGCUCCCAACGCCACGCCCACCAUCAACUCAGAGGAUAUUCCUAUUAAACUUGCCCAGCAGAACUAUGAAGAUUCCCACAAAACCAGGUUCCAUUUUGCAAUGAACGGGAAGUCCUUCGCUGUCAUCCAGGAGCACUUCCAGGACCUAGUGCCCAAGCUUGUUCUGCAUGGCACGGUCUUUGCCCGCAUGGCCCCGGACCAAAAGACGCAGCUGGUGGAGGCCCUGCAAAAUGUGGACUACCAUGUGGGGAUGUGCGGGGACGGAGCGAACGACUGUGGCGCUCUGAAGAGGGCCCAUGGCGGCAUUUCACUCUCCGAGCUGGAAGCCUCCGUUGCUUCUCCCUUCACCUCCAGGACAGCCAGCAUCUCUUGCGUGCCGAACCUGAUCAGGGAAGGCCGGGCUGCCCUAAUGACUUCCUUCUGCGUGUUCAAAUUCAUGGCUUUAUAUAGCAUCAUCCAGUACCUCAGCGUGACUCUGCUGUACUCCGUCCAGAGCAAUUUGGGAGACUUCCAGUUCCUCUUCAUCGACCUGGCCAUCAUUUUGGUGCUGGUCUUCACCAUGAGCCUGAACCCUGCGUGGAAAGAGCUUGUGGCCCAGCGGCCGCCUUCCGGCCUCAUCUCAGGGGCCCUCCUCUUCUCCGUCCUGUCCCAGAUCCUCAUCUGCCUAGGUUUCCAAGUUCUGGGCUUCCUGUGGGUCAAGCAGCAGCCCUGGUACGAGACUUGGAGCCCCUUCUCAGACGCCUGCAACCUCUCGGCCAUGGCCAACGCUUCCCAGCCAGAUAACGUCUCCCAUCACGACGAGCACAACAUCCGAAACUACGAGAACACCACUCUCUUCUUCAUCUCGAGCUUCCAGUACCUCAUCGUGGCCGUGGUCUUCUCCAAGGGCCGGCCCUUCCGCCAGCCCUGCUACAGGAAUUAUCUGUUCGUGGUCUCUGUCGUGGCCCUUUACGCCUUUGCUCUGACCAUCCUGCUGCACCCGGUGGCAGCCAUUGAAUCCUUCUUGGAGCUCGUCUGCGUGCCUCACGCGUGGCGUGUCACGGUGCUUCUCCUGGUCAUGGCCAAUGCUGCGGUGUCCAUGCUGGUGGAGAACUUUCUCCUUGACAUGGUCCUUUGGAAGGUCCUCUUCAGUCGAGACAAGCAAGGGGAAGACCGCCUAGCUUCCUCUUCCUCCUCCUCCUCCUCCUCUUCCUCCUCCUCCCACCCGUCUCAGGAGGGGCUGGACCGUUGCCACGGAUGCGCCCUGCUGGGGCUGCUGGGCCUGAAGAAGAGGCCACCCAAGGCCCGCUACGUGCACCUGGCCCAGGAGCUGCUGGUGGACCCGGAGUGGCCGCCCAAGGGCCGCACCACCACGGAGGCCCCCAGCCCCUCCUGCCAGAACGGCGCCUGCCAAGUGAUCACCAUGACGUAGCAGAGAGCCCCCCUGGCGCACGGCCUGGCCUCUCUGCUGCUGACCGGAUGGACGGACGGACGGACGGACGGGCUCCGCUCCCCUCCCCUCCCGCCCUGCUGAUGCCAGUCUUCCUCCCACCAGCUGAGCACCUGGAAGGACUUUCCCUCCCCCGAGGCAAGGCUUAGCGACCCGAAGGGAUGGUGCCUGCCUGGCACUCCUGGCCACUCUUGGUGUCCCGCAAAAGACCCUCUGCAUUUCCCAACGGCCAGAAGUGCUUCUCCAUCUGGAACUACGCAUGGAAAAGGGCAUUCGGCCCCACCUGAAACAUGGGGGACACUCUGGCUGGUCUCCGGGAGAGGGGAGGGUUGCUCCCUCUGUCCUCCCCCGACCCUGGGAGGGCUAGAUUUGCCCCUCCCUGCCUGGCUGAAUGGGGCUCUCUCUGCUGCUCGCUCUCGACCUGGCCUCCAGGAAAGUUGCUGGACCUGUUUGGGGGCUUCUCAGGCUGCUAGUUGCCAGAUGGUGAGCCUCCCUUCCACCCCCCAAAAAAAAACCCUCUCACCACACCAGGAGAUACAGCCCCCUCCCCAUCUGGACUUGAAGGUGCUUUGCAAAGCCCAGGGGCCGGUCCCAGGAAGCAGGAGGAGCCGGCAGCUUCCCAUCCUCAUCUUCCUUCCACAAGAGCUCUACGCAGGCGCAGGCUGGCUGCCUUCUGCCCUCCUCCCCAGGCCCCUCCCUCCGGGAGCCCCUGGCCGGCUGGAGCGCCUUGCCUUAACCGGUGGGAGCGCUUGGCAGAACCCUGGCUCAGAACAGCCAUGGCGGCUCCGUCUGGAGCCAAAGCUUUUCACUGUGACCGCAUCGCUCGGGGCAUCACCAGCCGCCCCUCAAGGCCGCCUGCCGAGAAGAAGGCCGGAGCAGGCAGGCAGAAGGGGCAGCAACCCCAGCUGCGCAGUCUUUUCAAGGCUACCCAGAGGCCGAAGCGUUAGGCUGGGCAAAACAUGACCUCUCAAACUGCUGGCCUGUUGAAACAGUGGCUGUGCCAAGAUCGCAACUCCUCCACAACGGUGCUAAUAGUUGGACGGCAGCAACAACCAGGAAAGGCUGCCAGAGAAGCCCGCUGCAGUCAGGCCUUCAGCCCCGUACCACAUGCAAAGGAAGGGGGCCCACGUGGCGUUUCCCCCUUCUGCAUUUGAAAUUCACAAGGAUCUGACUUUGGCGGUGGUGAUGAAAGAACCUGCGAGGCUCAUUUGACCCUCGAAUUGUUGCUUGCAAGCACCUCCUGCUGCUGGGAAGCGGUGGCUGCCAGAGAAUGGGGGACCCUUUUCUGGUAAGGGGCCACCGUGACUGCCAGCUGCACCUACCAGCUCUUACCCCCCCCCCCACUAGGCAAAGAAAAGGGGGCUGGUCAGCAGACUUUGAGGGACUCGUAGGGACCGCCCGCACAGCGUCUGCACAGGGUCAUCGGACUAAGAGCAAUACUGUUAAACCCACCCUUUGGUGAGCAGUUGUGGGGACCCCCUCAGAGCAAGCUGGUCUCCCCUCUGGAAGAGAUGUGAUGCAUCUUCAAUCUGUUCCAAGGAGGCUUAAAAUUCAGAAGUUUUUAAAUGAUUAUUUUCUUAUACUUCCUUGAAGGCUUGUGAAUUCAGGUGAAGAAAGGUCACUUUGCUAACUUGGAUUCAGAGUGGUUCGUAAAUUAUUUGAGACAGACUUACCCCUAAAGCUGUUAAGAUUGUAUAUAUGGCCAAUUAAAUAUUAUUUUAUUAUUUAUGCAUAGCUCUAAAAGACUUGCUCAAAAAAAGAGCAACUCUUAAAUUAUACUUUUUAAAAUAUCCAGAUUUUAAAAUAAUAUAUAUAUACACAGACACACACACCUCCAUCCCUCAGGGUGUUUUUUUUAUUUCUUUUCUUUCUUCCCAAAUAACGGUAAUUAUAAGACUGCUGGGUGUCAUGGCACACGUGGGCAGGACACUCACACUCCUUUCCCUGGAAGCUGCUUGUACCCCCAGUGCUUUCGCAGCUGACACACAGCAGCCCCCACCCACCUACAGGGUAGCCUCCCCCCCCCCCCGACUCCAGAGUGAAUGGGGAGGGGGCAGGAAUCCUCUCUAAUAUUGGGGUCUUCGGGUUCUGCUGGUGGAAAGAUGGCUGCCUCAAAGGGGUAAAGACUGCCACCCAAUUCCCUCUGGCAGUGUUUUCAUUCGGCCAUUUUGAGAACUUUCCCUCCUCUUCAUUUUUAUUUAUUUUUCCAGCGGAUAAACGGUUUUCCUUCGCUGGGUGAUUUUAUCUACUGUAAUAUAUUAUGGCUGCAUAUCAGUAGUUACAAGGUGAAGAAUAAUUCUUAAUGCUGCAAAUGAUCUUAUUCUCAAAAGUUUUCCUUGUCACAGACUUAAAAGGGCUUCUUUAGCUUGCAAAGAUUAAAUUCUAAAAUCAAAUGUAUAUGUGAUGGAAAAAUUGAUUUAAAGGUUCAGAUAUGAUCAUUUUAGGGCAUAGAAAUGUCCAAUUUUUAAAAACUGUAUAAAUAUGCAAACAUUUGGAUAAAUUAUGCAUUCUCUGCCACCAGCACCUCAGGUCAGGAUUGGCAAGAUCCCAUCAUCUUAAAAUGUUUGAAAAAUACUUUUGUUUUAACAAGUGGCUCCACAUAAAAAAAUUAUUUUGCUGUUUUUUAUAAUGGUACCCAGUUGUAAUAAAGACAUUUUAUGUAAUUGUAGUAAACGGCUUUGUAAAAUCCCA